AUGUUGUCGCAGCGGCUUGUGCGCAAGCGCAGCGUGGGACCUGAGCUGGUGAAAACGCCGAGGCGAACGCGUUUUUCAGGAAUUGUGAAAAUGGAUGAAGAUACAAAUUACAAUAAAGUUGAAGAUGUGGUUGGAAGUCAUGUGGAAGAUGCGGUAACAUUUUGGGCACAGAGUAUCAGUAGAAAUAAAGAUAUUAUGAAGAUUGGGAGCUCACUGUCUGAAAUUUGUCCCCUUGCCAACUCAGUUUUUGGGAACCUUGAUCCAAAAAAGAUUUAUGGUGGAUUAUUUUCUGAAGAUAAAUGUUGGUACAGGUGCAAAGUAUUGCAAAUCAUCAGUGAUGAAAAGUGUCUGGUGAGGUACAUUGACUAUGGAAAUACAGAAAUUCUAAACCGAUCUGAUAUGGUUGAAAUUUCUUUGGAUCUGCAGUUUUCCAGUGUUGCCAAAAAGUACAGACUUUGGGGACUACAAAUUCCUUCCGGCCAAGACGUUACCCAGUUUGAUCAGGGCAGAACCUUUUUGGGGAGCUUGAUUUUUGAAAAGGCGAUAAAAAUGAGAAUUAAAGCAACCUAUCAAGAUGGAACAGUUAUUGCUCAGGCUGAGUAUGGCAGUGUGGAUAUAGGAGAAGAAGUGGUUAAGAAAGGAUUUGCAGAAAAAUGCAAACUUGCUUCCAAUACUAACGUCUGUGAGGAAAAAAAAUCAGAUCCUGGUCAGCUUGCCCUCAGGAACCUCAAAAGUCCUAUUCCAUUGUGGGGGCACAGAUCAAACCAGUCAGCCUUUAGCAGGCCAAAGGGGCGCUUAAGAGGGAGGCCGACUCUUAACUUGAAGAGUGAAAAUAAUGCAGGAAAUCAUGUGACAUUUCCAAAGGAGAGUUUGGCUGUUGAUGAUUUUAACUUAGGGUCUAAUGUUAGCCUGGCAAAAAUUAAGCAAGAUCAGAAACUGAUUGAAGAAAAUGAAAAGCUCAAAACAGAGAAGGAGGUUCUUCUUGAAAGUUACAAGGCAUUAGAACUGAAAAUAGAACAGACUGCCCAGGAGCUGCAGCAAGAGAAAGCAACUACCAUGGAUUUGACAAAAAACUUAGAAAGCACUUUGAAGACUCGUGUAGGUACAAGAAUAAAAAAUCUGGCGGCUAAGGUUAAAAUACUGAAAGAAGUUAGGCAUGUGAACAUUAAUGUUCGUUUUGCAGAUGACCUUUCAGAUGCUGUACAAAUGUUGGAUGAAGAGUGCUUUACUUCCCCAGCUUCUUUGAAUGAACUAGAUAUAAUUUGGGCAGACUACAGUCAGGCUCAGGAUAAGAUUCAAACUUGUCAAGAUGUGAAUGAAGGGAAUAUUUUGAUUGCCGAAAGGAAUGAGGUGCAACAGAAGCUGUAUAGAGCAAUAGAAGUUUUUAUUCUGGAAGUUGAUGCGUUACCUCUUAAUAAACGCUUGAAAACAUUGCAGGAUUUGUCAACUUCCUUAGAAGCAGUGUAUGGACAGGCCAAAGAAGGGACAGACUCUGAAGAAAUACUUAAGAAAUUUUAUGAAUGGAAGUGUGGUAAAAGAGAGGAAUUCCAUAAUGUUAGAAGUGAAACAGACUCUUCUCUACAAUGUCUUGUAGGAUGGUUCCGUAGCACCUUAAAGGUUUUUGAUCUAACCGUGGAAGAAUCACUGACUUCUGAAGACACAAUUGGCAAUGUUGAUGAAAUCCUAGAGAAGACUGAAAGAAGUAUCUGCAAAGAGCUGGAGAUAUCUCUGAUUGAGCAAGGUGUUGAGGACAAGGAGAUAAUUUUAAAUAUGUAUAGUCAAAUACUGCGAAAGAUUCGUUCAGAGGAAAGACUCAUUGCCACAGUACAAUCCAAGUACAAGGACAGUAUUGAGUUUAAGAAGCAGAUUAUUGAAUGGUUAAAUGAGAGCCCCAAUGUGGAUCACUUACUUACCAUUAAGAAGACACUGAAAGGUUUAAAAGCUCAACUGAGAUGGAAACUGGUUGAAAAGAAUAAUUUGGAAGAAUCUGAUGACCAUGAUGGAUCUGAAAUUGAGAAAAUAAAACAAGAAAUAACUCAUUUGCGCAAUAGUGUCUUUCAGGAAGUUUAUCAUGAGCAGAAGGAAUAUGAGAAGCUGAAUAGCUUGGUACAGAAGUGGUUCCCUGAGCUGCCUCUGCUUUAUCCUGAAAUAGGAUUACUUAAAUUCAUGAACUCUGGUGGUCUUCUUACUAUGAGCUUGGAGCGGGAUCUUCUUGAUGCUGAGCCCAUGAAGGAACUUAGCAGCAAGCGUCCUUUGGUAUGUUCUGAGGUUAAUGGGCAGAUGAUUCUUUUAAAGGGCUAUUCUGUGGAUGUUGACACAGAAGCCAGAGUGAUUCAUAGAGCAGCUGCUUAUCACAGAGCUUGGAGAGAAGCUAAAGAAGAGUCUGGGUUACUACCAUUGAUAUUCUUAUUUUUAUGCAAGUCCGAUCCUAUGGCUUAUCUGAUGGUCCCAUACUAUCCUAGAGCAAACCUGAGUGCUAUUCAAGCCAAUAUACCUUUAACUUCAGAAGAGGCUUUAAAAGUCAUGAAAGGUGUUGCCCAGGGCCUGCAUACAUUACAUAAGGCUGACAUAAUUCAUGGAUCACUUCAUCAGAACAAUGUAUUUGCUUUAAACCGUGAACAAGGAAUUGUUGGAGAUUUUGACUUCACCAAAUCUGUGAAUCAGCGAGCCUCAGUGAGCAUGAUGGUUGGUGACUUGAGUUUGAUAUCACCUGAAUUGAGACUGGGAAAACCUGCUUCUCCAAGUUCCGACUUGUAUGCUUAUGGCUGCCUUUUAUUAUGGCUUUCUGUUCAAAGUCAGAAAUUUGAGACAAAUGAAGACGGAAUCCCAGAAAUGGAUCAGUAUCAUCUGGAUGAUAAUGUCAGAUCCCUCCUCUUUAGCUUGAUCUGUUGUAAAAGUUCAAUGACUGCUGAACAAGUUUUGAAUGCGGAAUGUUUCCUGCUUCAGAAGGGAAAAUCAAUCUCAAGCCCAGGAAAAGACACCAAAUUUACUGAAUAUGAAGAGGAAGAAGAAUUUAAAAUGGAAAACUUGGAUAAAUAUAAGGAAAAGACAAGAAAUGGUGAAGCUAACUUUGAUUGUUAGAUUAGUAUUAUAUCUUUUGUUGUUAAAGAUGUGCCUUUUAAACAUUUUGUUUGGUUUGGUUAAAUGAACAGCAACAAAAAAGAUCUGGAAGUGUUCUGAACCAGUU